UAAUAUUUAAAUAAAACCAAUAUUGUAACAGAGACCAUUGCAAAACAAUAGGCCUGUAUAUGAAGAGGAUUAUAGAUGGAAUGCAACCGUAAUGAUAUGUAUGCAUGAGUUUGCAAGUUGUUUUGAUUUAUGGUGAUGUUAAGCGUGUGAGUAAAUGGCAUGUCAUGAGGAUUGAAAUGAGCCGUAUCAUGACGCAGAACAAUUGAAGGAAGGAAAGCUUUUGAACCAGCAAUCGUUCCAGGAGCUUUGUUCAGAUAUGUGGGCUUGGGGUCAACCUUGAAAGGUGCAAUGAAUGUAAAAGGACUCCCGUGAGAAAACAACUUUAGUAAUGAGUGUUUUUUAUUCUCAGGCCUUCUUAUUUUGUAAACACGUGUUGAUAGCAACCACUCAAUUUCCAUGUGAGCUACCAGAGCAUAUGAGUUCUACAGUUGCGGCCAAAAGCCAUUUUAUUUUAGGUCACAGUGACCUUGAUUGUUGAUCUUUUACAACCAUUUCAAAACGGUAAACCUUUAGGCACAUUAUCAAAUCUGAUUUAAUAACUGUCAAUCAAGUUUGAGGGUUGUGGGUUGCCCUUUUUCAGUGUGCAAUAAUAAUUCGAACAAUUUGAAGUGAAGUGAAGUCUUGUUUUUUGUACGAUACGGCCCUCGCUAUAUGCAAUCUUCCCAACUAUAAAGGACCUGUUACUGCUUCUCAGAUAAGACCAGUUGUAAUUAUAAACCCAUUUGAACCUUUGAUAUAUGCUGUGGGCCAGAUGGUGUUUGUCCCGGUUUGCACUAUACCUCUAUCGCAACAAAUUCCAGGUGAUAUUGACCUGCGGAAAAUUUCAUUAUUGCGGCAAGACGCACAUUAUUGCUGACUAUUUUCCGCAAUACGUCUGCUUGUCUUCACCUCUGCUGUUACCUCGAGCAGAUUGUUCCCUGGCUCAGGUUUAUAUAAGUCCACAGAGGCAGAGGAGUGGAAGGCUGCAACUCGCUGAUAUGACUGUUGAAUAGUGACUCGUGCUGUUAUUGUAAUCACCAGUGCUUACUUUAUUUUCCCUCCGCUGCCUGACCUUGCUGCUUCCUCUUUCCCUCGUUCCCUGCCACUCCCGUCUCACACACACUUUUUUCCCUUUUUUCUCCCAAAGUUGCCUCAACAAUCAGAUUAAAAACGGUGCAUUUAACUAACAUGUCAGUCUGUUUACCCUUUUAACAGGCUGUCUACAUUUUUUAUGUGAAGAUUAAAACAGGAACCUGAAACAUUAGACAAAUGUUGGAUAACUCAAAUUACAAAGUGAAGUUAUAUGCAAUAUCCUUCUUGUUUAUAUAAUGCUUUUAUGUCAUCCACAAUGCACAGACCUUUGAGAUGAACCCUUAACCCACAUUCUGGACUUAGACCUGGUCUUGUAUAUUCAUUAUAACACAGGGUAGUGUGUGUUAAAGUGAAGCUGUGUGCAGGUGCAGUUAUCACAUAGUAUCCUGGCUCACUGAGGACCUGGAGCUCAUGCCACACUCUUGGAUUUUGAGACAACAAAAACCAGGAAAUGUCCAGCAUGAUUGCUAUAAUCCUGUCAGGAAUCUUCUUCCUGUUGCUCAGUCCCACUUGUAGUGGCAGCAAGAUCCUAGUAGUGCCCGUUGAUGGCAGCCACUGGAUCAACAUGGAGGUGAUACUCCAAGAACUGCACUCCAGAGGCCACGAAAUCACUGUGUUGCGCUCUGCUAAGAGCUGGUUCAUCCCUAGCAACUCCCCAAUUUUUACUUCUAUUAAUGUGACCAUGCUGCAAGAUGAAUCAGAUUUGGACUACUACAAUAAAAUGCUACUAAAUGUUAUGGAACGUCGCAGGUUGCCAACCUUUUUACGCAGCUUCUACCAACAACACUUGAUCACAUCCAUGUUGUCACAAGGCCAUGAGAUCCUUUCCAGAGCCUCUGCUACAAUGUUAGAUGACCCUGUUUUUAUGAAGAAAAUGCAAGAUGCCAAGUUUGACUUAAUGUUAACAGAUCCCGCUCUGACUAUAGGGGUUAUUCUGGGUAGUUACCUCAAGCUGCCAAUGGUUUUCAAUGUGCGCUGGAUUAAUAAUGGGGAGGGCCAUUUAACCAUAGCUCCCUCUCCUGUCUCCUAUGUCCCUGUGUCAGGAAGUGAACUUGAUGAUCAGAUGGACUUCCUGGACAGAACCAAGAACAUGUUGCAUUAUAUCUAUAGUUCAGUAGAACAGCACUUUUUCAUCAACCCUUACUACUCAGAUCUGUUCCAGAGGCAUUUCCCUCCCGGAACCGACUUACUGUCUUUAGAGCUUGCAGCCGAUAUGUGGCUCAUGAGGACUGAUUUUGUCUUUGAGUUCCCACGGCCUACCAUGCCCAACGUAGUCUACAUUGGAGGGUUCCAGUGCAAAAAGCCCCGUCCCCUCUCUGAUGAGCUGGAGGGCUUCAUGCAGAGCUCUGGGGAGCACGGGGUGGUGGUCAUGUCUCUGGGGACGCUGGUGUCAGCACUGCAUCGCGAGGCCACAGAGGCCAUCGCUGCUGCUUUUGCUCAACUACCUCAGAAGGUGGUGUGGAGGUUUAUUGGUGAAAAGCCGUCAUCCUUGGGGAACAACACCCUGCUGGUGAAUUGGCUGCCUCAGAGAGACCUCCUGGGUCACCCCAAAACUCGUGCCUUUGUAGCCCACGGCGGCACCAACGGCAUGUAUGAAGCCAUUUACCACGGCGUUCCCGUUCUGGGCCUGCCCCUCCUCUUUGACCAGUUUGACAACGUACUCCGGCUGAAGGUACGUGGGGCAGCUAGGUUGUUGGAGGCCAAUUCACUCACCAAAGAAGACUUCCUAGAGGCUAUAACAGACAUUCUAGAGACUCCCUCAUACCGUGAGAACAUACAGCGUCUCUCACGGCUACACCACGAUCAGCCAAUGUCACCCAUGGACACCGCCAUUUUUUGGAUUGAGUACGUGAUCAGGAAUAAAGGAGCCGCCCAUUUGCAGUCAGUAGGUUUUAGUCUGCCUUGGUAUACCUACUUCAGCCUGGAUGUGGCUCUUUUAUUAAUGGCUCUCAUUGCAGCCUUUGUCUGGGCUUCAGUCUCUGUGUGUAAGAUGCUCUGCUGUCGAAGGUCCAGGAGGAAGACAAAGGCAGAGUAACUGAUUGUAACAGGAAAUACAUAUAUAUAUAAUCUGAUAUAAACUGAGUUUUAUAUUACAUCAAACAUAUUAAUCAUAUUUAUCAAGAUUUCACAGACAGAUUAGGUGACAGCUUCCAUCUGACUACUGUGAGUUUAGCAUCAGUUACACCUACUUCCUGUGUGACACAAACUCUUUGCACAAAAAGGAACUUGCUCACAUGGACUGCUGAGACAUAUCUUCAAGAAAAGACACUGGAACACCAUAUUAUGCUUUAUUAGAGCAAUAUCUGUACAGGGCUCCUACCUUGCUGAAGAAAUGCAUGUUAUUACAAACACUCUACAAUGUAUUUCAUGUGCUCAUAUACCAAAUUAGCAUCAAUAUAAUAUGUGCAUUUUGUCAUCGUUCUAUAAAUGUAAAAAUGUAUGAAUGCUAUACUGUACAUUUAAACAUAUUGUAAUGGCAAACACA